AUAAAAAUAUUUACAUUUUACAUGCUUUAUUGUUGGGUUGUUGUGAUACUUACAUGUGAGCAUUACUGUCAGUGGUAUUUUUAAUAAUUUCAAAUAAAAUGUCUUCUGAUGAAGAGAACGAUCAAAUUCAAGAUCUCGAGGCGAUUCGAGAUAAAAUUUUAAGCUCAUCUCAAGGUGAGCGGAUGCAAGUAAGCGCUUGGGAUGAUGACAACACCGGAGUUGAAACCCAACGAAACCCUGAAGAUCCUGAAGCCAGAGCUAUUUUGAAAGCUGCAGAAAAUGGCAACAUUGAACGAGUUACGAUUCUUUUAGAUAAAAAUCCAGAAUUGGUUCAUGCUACUGAUAAAGAUGGUUAUACUCCACUUCAUAGAGCUUGUUAUGCGAAUCAUACAAAAAUAAUUGAGGUUUUGUUGAAGAGAGGAGCUAAGAUUGAUGCUAAAACUAUUGACGGAUGGGAACCCUUACAUUCAGCUUGUCAUUGGAAUAAUGUUGAAAGUAUUACACUUUUAGUUGCAAACGGAGCUAAUAUCAAUGCUCUUAGCAACGGUAAUCAGACUCCUUUACACUUGGUAUGUGCUAGUUCACACAAUUCUCCAGCUCUUCAAUUACUGCUUCUUCAUCCGGACACAAAUCCUGAGCUGGUUAAUUCCAGUGGUGAUACUGCUCAGAUGGUAGCUACUAGAACUGGAAAGUACUAUCCAAUGUUUGAAAUAAUAGAACCGUGUUUACGUGAAAUUUAAUAUAAAUUAAAUUUUAUACAUAAUCAAUAAGGAAUUUUUCAUAGAGAAUACAUAAAAAUACAAUUA